AUGAUCGUGGUAUCGCUUUGGCGGCGACUGUGCCGCUCAGCACCACCACCACCACCACCAUCGCCGCCGCCGCCACCACCAGCAGCGACAUCACCAGUAGGGUUCGCCAGCGGCAACGUGAGGGAGAGCGAGGUGCGCAUGGGAAAACUGUCAAACUCCGUCGUGUCGGUGGCCGCUGGGCUCACCAUCAUGUUCGACAUCACCGGUUGGGCCUCGGAGGAAAUGAUGUUCUUCAACGGCGAGGCGGCGUCGUCAUUCUCGCUUGGCGACAGUCCCCCCCCAACUGCUGAGUGGCGGCACCUUGUCCCAUUAACAGAGCCGGAGGAAGGAGCAGCGGUGUCGUUAUCCGUGAAUAUGGAGUGCAGAGGGCUCCCAUCCAACACCGGAAAAAGCCUCUUCGAGACCUCUUGUGCUUGCCGCUCCCCGCGUUCUUGCUCCUGCUGUCGCUGCGCAUGA